AUGUCUGCCAACACUGAGUUUAUUGAAGAUUUAGACGCUCGUAGAGUUCUAAAUGCAUUCAAUAAGCCAGUGAAAACAGUCCAAGAUAUAGAAGAUCACGACAAAUUUCACGAGCAUCUUAAGAGACUAUGUCCUGACCCAAAGGUGGAGAUCAAAAACAAGGGUGAAAACAAGAAAUUGAGGGACACCCCAUUCUUGAAAAAAUGGGAGAAAAGCAUCACAGAAUUUAAAGCGGCCGUGGAGAAGGUGAAGGAGAAAUAUCCCAUGCCUAGAGAACAGCAUGAAAAAGAGGCCGAAGAAGAAGGAGAAGACGCAAACUCAGAACUCAUCAGGCUAGCCAAACAGCUUGAAGAGUUCAGGACCAUCAUACCAGAUGUUCUAGAUUGUCCAGCUGACAUAUCAGAAGCAAUUAAAUCCCUAGCAGCCAAGGCUCCUAAGGAUAUUUCAUACCCGGAUGAAUGGGAAGAAGAAGGUAGCAACGAAGCCAAGGCGGCACUGGACGAAUUCCGCAAACUUCACAAGGGCAAGAGAAAAGAUAGUCCCAGUGACAAGGGGUCUACAGGUCGAAACCCUGAGAAAAUAUGGCCCUUACUCACAAAACUAAUAAAUGAUGGCUCAAUCAAGCUCAAAGACCCCUCGUGGGAACUCAUCGCCAAGUCCUGUCACCUUGAUGGCUGUGACUGGGCCGAUAUAAAAUUUCAUCUAGAAUUUGAGCUGAGGCAACAUCCAGAACAGAAAGCGGAUGCAUUACGACUAGCGGCUGCAGACUUUGGGAGAAAAUGUCCUGAGAUACUUCAAAUAAUCGAGGACAGUAGAUAUUUCAAAGAUGAAGAGUUGUACACAACGUAUGUUGCAUAUCGGCAACAUAAUCCACGAAUAGUGAAGGCACGAGGAGAUCAGCGCAAAACAAGCCGUCUCAGCAAGUCGCCGUUCCAAGAUCGUCAACAAUAUACAUCCAGACCCAAAAAGUCAUCGAAGGUGGACGGCUGGGACCAAGUCUGGGUUAAUGACCCAGAUCAAGGAGGCAAGCGUGUACAGGCGACGAUCGAGUACGGCUGGGAUGGUUGGCUCGAUGUAAGAAUGCCGCGUCUGGAGAAACAACCUCUGGGAACAGAGAGGUAUAACCUAUUCCGAACCAAUCAAUUUCCAAAAGAGACAACAUCUUUCCGAAAUGGCGAACCAUUGAAAUGGUUAACUAUAUCGAAAAAGGAAGAUCUUUAUAACAUCAAAUGGGCUCAAAUCACAAUAAACCACUGGUCAUACGCACAGACCAAACGAGGAAACGACGGUCAUAGCAUUCCAUUUCCGAGGAUCUACGCCGUCGGUUUUGUCAGGGUACCUGACAAAGACAAGCGGUUCAUGACAUGCUGGGUUCGAACUACUCUGGAAAUUAAGUUUGGCAUUAAGAACGUGCAAAAUGGGAUCUUGGAGGCUAGAACGGCUGCCGGUCUCCGUGACCCGCGUGAUGCAUCACUGAUUGUUGAUGAAGUUAUUGAGGUUGACUCCGAUGACGAGAUUGAGGAUCCAGAGCUUCGUGCGGAUUCGUUUCUUUGA